AUGUAUGGUGUCUCAACCAGGUGUGACAACACCAACAUGAUGUCCCAGUUCGCAGUAAAUUCGUUCAAAGCAUGCCUUCCCAGAACUGCAAGGACAGCAGAGCCAGCAUGGUUCCAGACUGCUUCCCUCUGUCAACACUUGCAGGUUAUCCCCGGCUGUCAAAGAGCGUGCGACGUCAUUCAGGGCUCCUCUGUCACCCUCGUCGUCUGCUGGCAUGAACAACUGGGAAGAAUUGUGUCUCAUGCAAAACGUCCAUUCACGUCGAGCAUUCAAGGAAACUAUUAA